AUCGUCUCCGGCGCACGAAAGCGCCGUGUGGCGAUUGUGACGGGAUUUGGCACGCGUCGACGGGGUCGCGGCGCCACCGACACGCCAUCGCUGCGACGCAGCAGCCAUGAAUUGGGCACUAUGGGCUGCCCUAGGCAGCGCCAUGGCACUGGUCCAAGACAUGCCAGAGGAGGGCGAAGCGAACAGGCUCAGCGCCAAGAAUUUUAGAAAGCGCUACGCGCGGAAGGGGCUGCCCGUCGUCAUGCGGGGAAAUGAGGACGGCCCGACGUUCGAUGAACUAGGAGAAAUGUGCCCCGACGGGCCCAUGGAGGCCUAUGAACUACACGCCGAGGGCAAGGGCUGGGCGGGUUUUAGUGAUGCGAAGCCCUGCACGGUCCACGAAUUUGUACAAGACGAGUCGGCCAAGUACGGCAUGGGUUUGGAUCUGAAGUGUUGGUGCCCGGACCUCGACGUGUCGAUGCCGCCGUUUCUGAGGGACGACCGUCACCGCUUCUCCGAAUUUCAGAGGAAGUACUGGCCGUCGCUAGCUCUGGGGCGGAAGCACGGCGGGACGCAGAUGCACGGUAGCGACCAGAUGCUGCCCUGGUGGUUCAAGGUCGUAGCCGGGAAAGUCGAUAUACGGAUCAUGCGCAUCGAGGAGUGGCGGCCGAAGUUCGCUACCGGUUCAGACCCGUUGAUCAUCAACGACCCGAACCCCGAUUUCAACGGGCCGUUCGAUGCUUUUGAUGAUAGUGCAUUAAACGAGGCGAACGUGACGUUGUACAAAACACUUGCCAAAGCAGGCGACUGGGUCUACGCGCCGGUUGGGGCGCUGCGGGCGACAAAAAUUAUGGGGGAGGAGCCCAUCGUCGCGGCGUUCGGCUUCUUCUUCGACCAUGCGCACAAAAAAAGGUUGCUGCGGGAUUUCUGCGACAAGUACGUGGAGACGAUGACGCAUCGGUUGGCACCUUUAGGUGCUAGAACGUGCGGCUACCGCGGCCACGGCCGCGCGCCGGACGCCGAGGUGACGGACCCCUGUUUGCUGUGUCUAGAUAUUGCGGGCGCGCUGGACGACGCGUCCGCGCGGGGCGCGCGGCCGCCGUCGUGGCAUUUGGCAGACGCCAUCUUCAACGCCGGCGCGCACCCGCCCGCGUGCGCCGUCGAGUCGCGGUUCUCGCGCGAGUGCCCGGGGGCGCAAUCAAGGUGCCCGGCGCCGCGCGAGCGGCCUUCAGAAAGGAAGCGGCUGGCCUACGGCGACAUCGAUUUAAAUGGGGACCGACAUAUCUCGCGCCAGGAAGUUGGCGUGGCCGUCGCGCAGGCCGCGGCCUUUCAUAGAGCCCUGUCCCUGAACGCGACCUAUGAUGAUUUAGCGGCCUGGGUCCAGCGCGAGCUCGGCGAGGUCUGGCCCGCGGGGAAGCCGUCGAUGACGGACCGGGCGCUCGACGAAGCACUUAGGUUGGGGACCGAGCGGUGGGCCGCGGCGGAUUCUGGAAGGGAGUUCGUGAGCGGGGAGGAGUUGUAAUUGAAAUACUAAAUUACCG